AUGUAUAGAUUUGAUAAUGCAUUAUUUAAUUUCCCUGUCAUUCGAAAACACUUUUUCUCUGACAAAGAGUACUAACUAUACUUGUUUAGUGAAGAAUUAAUUAUAAUUGAUGUAUGUAUAUAUUUAUUAUAUACAGAACUAAGCAAAGAAAGCGAAAUAUGAGAUAAAAUUGAACAUGACUACUACAUUGAAUUGGAUUGUUAAUGAUAACAAAAUAUAAGCCUUAGAAAUACUUUAUAAUAAUAAAAUGAAAGCAUUUUAUGCUACUUCAAAUAAAUUUUAAUUGUUGAGAGAGAUGAUUGCUGGUCGAGUAUUUUUUAGUGGAAUUCAAAACUUUUAUGGAAUUUAAAUGAAAGUUGGAUAAGGAAUGAGUGGAGAAGUAUAAAUUGAUAAAAAAAGUUAGGUCUAUAGAGCCGUAUCUUAAAAUGGCGAUUAUGUAGCAAUAAAAAAAUGUGAAAAAUAGAAAUUGACAUCACUUUAAGGUGGAAUUGUAAUAAAUUUCUGUUGAUCUUAGCCUUAAUUAAUCCAAGAAUUGUAGCUUCUACAAUAACUUUCACACUUAAAUAUUUUAAAACUCAAAGAAGUCUAUUCAGAUCAACAAUUUUAUUAUAUAGUUACUGACUUUGUUGAUGGAAGAACUUUGCAUACUGAAUUACUUUCAAGACCAACAGGUUUAAGCAUACUUUAAACAUUAAAAAUUAUGUCUUAAAUUUUAAAUGCUCUUAUAUACAUUCAUUAAAAAGGAAUUAUGCAUAGAGACUUAAAUCCACAUAAUAUUAUGAUAUCAGAAAAUAUAAAAUUAAUUGAUUUUGGUUUGGCUCGCAUAAUUAAAAACUAAUUAAUAUUUCCAACUGCUGGAACACCAGGUUAUAUUGCUCCAGAAAUUAUAAAUUAUAAAUAAGAAAAACAAUAUGAUGAAAAAGCAGAUAUUUUUAGUUUAGGAUGCAUGUUAUAUAAAAUGUAUGAAUAUACAUAUUAGAUUAGGUUAACUGGUGAAAACUUAUUUCGUAAAUAGAAAAAUAUCUUUUAGGAAAAUAAAGAAGGAAUUUUUGAAUUAAGAAAAAAUACUUAACAUCCAGAAUGUAAUUCAAGUAAAAUGGAUUAAUUAUUUGUUUUGUUGGCUCAUAUGUUAGAUAAUGAUCCAAACGAGAGACCAAAUGCAUAGUUUUGUAAGUAAUUGUUAAAGGAAAUUGAAAAUAAUAAUCAAUAGAUAGAUAAAUUAAUUCGAAAACAAUAAAUAAUGAAACCAAUUUAUGUAGCUACUGAUGAAACUCCUAUUGAAAGAACUCCUCAAAGUUUAGCAAGUUAAAAUAAAGUAAAAUCAAGUGAUACAAUAAUUAAAAGUGAUGAUAUUACAACUUAAGGAAAUAAAAGAUUAACAAAAAUAAUAUUAAAAAAUAUGUGA